GAAUUUUUUGACAGAUUUUACAAUUCACUUAAAAGAAAUUCAGAUUUUGCUGUGGACACCAUAGCUGAAAGGAAACUGGACUUAAAAUCCAUGGAGCUCUCCAGGAGGAUGAGAGAGGCUGAGCUCUGGAAGUUACUGACAGGCUGGGGAGAAGUAAGCAGGGCCUGUAUGGAGAAAGCAGAGCUUGUGAGCCUGAUUAAGGAGCUGGUCCCGAAGUGUAUGUGCGGAAACCCCAGAUCAGACCUUUAG